AUGAUCAUGGCGACCUCGCGAAGGCGGACAGGGCGGACAUGGCCGAUGAGUUGGACGAGGACAGAGCUGCAGGCUACAGGGGCAGACCCCUUCUUAGUUGAUCACUUCGGGGAGUCGCUGACCAGGUCCCUGGCCCAUACGCGAGUCAUGUGCGAUAGCUUUUGGAUCAUGCACCUGAUGAUGUUGAGGCUUGAAAGUUCUAAACGCCUGACGGUAUUGUCGCGUCACAGCAACACGAAGUCGCGGGGGAAGGCGCCCGAAGUGGUGUACACCGUCCGACUGAAGGGCAAGAGCAUGCGUGGAAUGGCCGCACAGCCCGACGACAAUCACGACGUGGAUCAGCGCGUGACACCGUGGCUCAAAGGUGGCGAGGAGAGCACCCUUCUGGAGGUCAUCCUUGUCCACAAGAAGAUUGCGCUGGUCGGUCAAGAGAACCGUAGCGUGGGCAAGCAGAUCAUCAAGGAGAUGCAGACCAUCGGCUCCAUAUGUCGCACCCUCCGCCUGGGCGACCCAGACCUGCACCCGUCCAUGUGGUGCAUCUCGCUGCGGCAGCUGCAGGACUUCGCCCGGGAGGUGGAGGCGGAGCUGGGCACGGAGGUCUACAGAGCCGCUUCGCUGGCCGAAAUUGUGAAGAAGGCCAUCAUCCACAAGACUUCCGCGGCUCGCACGUCGUACGCCCGCAUGGUCAACUGGCAGAGCCUCAGACAGAUAGACGUGUUCGUGUCGCACUGCUGGGGGGAGAACUUCAGCGUUUUCGUAGACUCGGUCGUGGCAGCCCUGGAGACGCGCAUCCACGCCCACGACGUGAACUUGUGGAUAUGCUGCUUCGCGCUGUUUCAGAACCCCCACUACGAGGUGGUGAAGAAGCAGGUGGGGACCGACCUCAUGGACGCCCCCUUCGAGAAGGCUCUCCGCUUCGCCCGCGAGUUCCUCGUGGUUCGGAAUGCGGAGUGCGACAUGUACACCCGCGCGUGGUGCGUGUUCGAGAUCUUCCGGGCGCGCCAGCUGGGUCUGAAGAUCACGGUGACAGGCCCAGACAAGUUCACCAACGAGAAUGUGGACAUUUUGAGUUGCAGGGCCACCGACGCGGACGACGAGGACUUGAUCAAGGGCGCCAUAGUGGAUGCGAACGAGGUGGACGAGCUGAACCAGGUCGUCUCGGAGAUCAAGGCCAUGGGUGGGCUGGAGCCCGCCAGCAGCAACUCCCCCGUGUUCAGGAUAUGA